AUGAAUUUGCAUCAAAAGAGACUUAAAGCCGAAUACUUUCAAUCGUCAAUUGUCUGGUUGAUACGCUCUACUGGUUUGCAAAGUUGCCCAGCCCGAAGCAGCCUACCGUCUGGCGCCGAUGUACGUGCUCACUACACCGGUCUGGGAUGGGCAAUCCAGGCCUCGCCUAGAGGCCACGGCAACACAAGUCCGAUUGGCACCAGCAAUUGGUCCUUCUGUAUGCAGUCUUUCUUCCCCUCACGAACCACGCCUAUGCUCGUCUCUCCUGCCAUCUCCUUCACUUGUGCUUGUGGGUCAGCCCUUGCUCUCUCGACUGGCCGUCACAACCGUGUAACUAGGCCGGAGCCAGGCAUAGUACCAGGACCCAAUGCCAUGACUACAAAAAAUACAUUUGCCCAGGCGAGCCAGACUUUUUGGUAUCAAGCCGAUCGAGCGAGAUGCAAAACUGUUCUGUUACGCAACCGCAAUCCUAGGCCCUUUCAGUCUGCCGAGUCAACGUACCAACAGCACAUGCUUUGGGGUCGAAUCCGACUAUUUUUGCGUGAAGCCUAUCCUCUGCCUCAUGACUGA